CAAUAAAACAGUUUAAGUUUUUGGCAGCACUUGCUGCGAGAAAUGUCAUUUUGCUCAGUUCAUUUUUGUUGUUAAAAUUGUUUUCGAUUUUUAAUUUUGUUUUCUAUUAAAAAUGUCGCAUGCAACAAAAACACAAAUUUCUAUCCUCUCCACGCAUAUGGAAGCACAUCCAGAGCUGGCGAGAUCUUACAAUGCCCUCUCAGCCACUGGGCGAACCUCCCAAAAGCAGCAAUGGGAAAAAUUGGCAAGAUCCUUAAAUUUGAAUGGACCACCAACAAAAUCCGUAGCGGAAUGGAAAAGGAUUUGGACGCUCCGUAAAUAUGCUACGAAAAAAAAAUUGACGGAAAAUAAAAAUUCCAUAAAGAAAACGGGUGGUGGUCCAUUUGAAUCCAAAGAAAUAGACGCAACUGAUGAAGCCAUAAUUGCUGCAUGCGGGAUGGAAGCAUCAGUGAGCGGUGUUGCAGGUGGUCUAUCUUUCGGCAGUGAGACAAAAGAAAACAGCGAAGAUAUUCAAGAAGUUGAGCAGCUUCUCGAGGAUCUUAUAAACUCACCAAACCGGGAGAGUCCAAAAGAAAAUGUUUUUAAAAAGUUAAAAGUCAAAAAUCGAAAAAGCAUUGAGGACGAUGCUUUAAAAAAACAAAUAGAUCUUCAAGAAAAAUAUUUUAAAAAUCAACUUGAAGGUCAAAAUAAAACAAACGAAAUUCUGGCGGAAAUCCGAGAUGCUAUUCGGCUACUUGCCAACAAUAAACGAGAGGAAAACGAAGCUUCAAUCUCAAUGAAAAGAGAAGAGCUACAUAUGAGAAAAAUGGAGCUGGAGGUGGCUAAGUUAGCCAAUGAACUUAAGUUGAUGGAGAUGAACUCCAAAUCCCAAUAAUUUGACUGAUUUGACUGCAAAAAAUGAAGUACAAAGAAAUUUUUAUUUUAAACGUUUAAACUUUUAAUUUCAUUAUUUUUAAGAAGCUUUAGAAAAGCAUUUUAUUUUCUUGUGAUUUUUAU